AUGGACAAAACAAAAGACUCUGGAGUGGAGGAGAGACCCAAAUGGGACAACAAGUUCCAGUACCUGCUAACAUGUAUUGGCUUUGCAGUGGGUCUUGGAAACGUCUGGCGGUUUCCCUACCUGUGCCAAAUCUAUGGAGGAGGUGCGUUCCUCAUCCCAUACCUGAUCGCGCUGGUGUUUGAGGGCAUCCCCCUACUUUACCUGGAGCUGGCUAUCGGACAGAGGCUCCGCAUGGGCAGCAUCGGCGUCUGGAACUCCAUCUCACCGCUACUGGGGGGACUCGGAAUUGCCUCCAUGAUGGUGUCAUUCCUGGUGGGCAUUUUCUACAACACCAUCCUUGCCUGGGUGCUCUGGUACUUCUUUCACUCUUUCCAAAACCCCCUGCCGUGGAGCCAGUGUCCGCUCAACGAAAACCUCACAGGCUACAAUGUGGAGUGUGUGAAGAGCACUCCAUCGAACUACUUCUGGUACCGCGAGACCCUGAACAUCACACCGGACAUCGAGAUCAGCGGCUCCCUGAACUGGCGGCUGGUCAUCUGUCUGGCCGGCGCUUGGAGUGUGGUCUACAUCUGCUUAAUCAAAGGCAUUUCUUCCAUUGGAAAGGCUGUGUAUGUGACCGCCACAUUCCCAUACCUGGUGCUGACCAUUUUCCUGAUCCGUGCCCUCACUCUGCCGGGAGCAAUCGAUGGACUAUUGUACCUCUUCACCCCUGAUUUGGAGGUGCUGAAGAGCCCUCAGGUGUGGCUGGACGCCGCCACCCAGAUCUUCUUCUCUCUCUCCUUGGCCUUUGGAGGUCUCAUAGCUUUCUCCAGCUAUAACGCAGAGAAAAACAACUGCGAGAGGGAUGCUGUUCUAGUCGGAGUAAUAAAUAGUGCCACGUCUAUUUACGCCGCCAUUCCCAUCUUCUCCAUUCUGGGAUUUAAAGCUAACAACGCCUUCAACUCCUGCAUGGAGAAAAACUUCUUGGCUCUGACCAACCAAUUUGAGUUUUCAGAGCAAAACAUAACAGCCGAUAACUAUAAUUCCUGGUUGGAGUAUCUGAAUCGGACGUCUCCAGAUGUGUUGGCUGGUGUGGAGCUGAGUCCCUGUGACCUGCAAACAUUCCUUGAUCAGAGCGCUUCUGGUACCGGCCUGGCGUUUAUCGUGUUCACCGAAGCAGUGAUAGAGAUGCCAGGCUCGCAGAUAUGGGCCAUACUGUUCUUCAUCAUGCUCUUCAGCUUGGGUCUGUCCUCCAUGUUUGGUCAAAUAGAGGGUGUCCUCACGCCCAUCAAGGACCUGAAACUACUGCCCAAGUGGAUCCCUCAUGAACUCAUAGCCGGGGUCGUCUGCUUGAUAUCCUUCUUAACGGCUCUCAUCUUCACCUUGGGUUCGGGGAACUACUGGGUGGAGGUGUUUAACACCUACGUGGGCUCUCUGCCUCUGCUCAUCAUCGCCUUCUUUGAGCUGACAGCAGUCGCUUACGGCCGUGGAAUGAAAACUUUCAGUGAAGACAUCUAUUUCAUGACUGGGAAGAGGCCCAACAUUUUUUGGAAGGCCUGCUGGAUGGUGAUCAGUCCUGUCAUGCUUCUGGUGGUGUUGGUUGCCUACGUGGUCAUCCAGGCACAGAAGUACCCCUCUUAUCCCACAUGGAACCCGGCCUACGCGAAAUUCCCAGACACUGAAGAUAAGCUGUAUCCCGAAUGGGUGUUUGCCAUAAUCAUCCUGCUCUGUGUGCUACCUGUGAUCUCCAUCCCUCUGGUGGCGCUCUACAAACUGAUCUGCUGGAGGAUCAAGAAAUCCUCUGCACACCUUGACCUACAUCCCAACUACAACGACGGCUUUGAGGUGGAAAAAUAG